GUCCAUCCAUCAAUAACAAAAAAGAAUACAAAGAACAUAGCUACCCGAAUUAUACAGAAAUCAAUAAUGAAGAACAUGUUGCUAGCAUUUGUGCUUCUCUUUUCCUUGAGCUCUAAACCACUACUUGGAGCAGCAGAUGUAUCAUCUGAGCAAGUGAUUGACACAUCAGGGAAAAAGCUCCGAGUUGGUCUCAGCUAUUACAUUGUUCCCGCUUCGCCCUUAAUAGGAUGCUCAAGGUACGGAAGAUGCGUGAAAAGUGGAGGCCUUUCACUUGCCAGCAUUGGUGAAUCAUGCCCUCUUGAUGUGGUGUUUGUGGGAGGGUCUCGUGGCUUGCCAUUGUCAUUCUCACCCGUUGACCCUAAGAAAGGUGUUGUUCGUGUGUCCACUGAUUUGAACAUCAUGUUCUCCACCGAUCACAGCAGUUGUGCUGAGUAUUCGACAGUGUGGAAACUGGAGCACUUUGAUGUUGCUAAAGGACAGUGGUUUGUGACCACUGGUGGCUCUGUGGGAAACCCUGGUUGGGGAACCAUACGCAACUGGUUCAAGAUUGAGAAGUUUGAAGGUGCUUAUAAAAUUGUCUAUUGUCCAACUCUGUUACCUUAUUCCAAGCACUUGUGCAAGGAUGUUGGCAUCUUUGUGGAUGAAAAUGGCUAUAAGCGUUUGGCUCUAAGCGAUGUUCCAUUCAAAGUCAAGUUUCAGCUUGCCUGAACAAAUUAAUGUCUGUGAAACUAA